AUGCCUGCCUCCGCUUCGGAAUUAGUUGCUACCAUCAGGGGUUGGACCCAGUGCGUCAACGAGAAGAGAUGGAACGAUCUGCCUAAAUACGUGCAUUCGACAUACAACCAGAAUGACAUAGAAUAUACGCCUGAAUCGUGGGCUAUACACCUUAGGGAGCACGUAGCUCCUCAGCUUGGAGGAGAUAUCAUCAUUAACGAAGACAGUAUUAUUGUAGACGAGAAUACUCAAUGUGCCUCGUUCUCGAUAUGGGUCAAAUUCAAACCGGAAGUACCUCUCCUAGGCUACCUACCAAAGGGCCGCGAUAUCUUACUAGUGGAACGAGGCUUUGUUUGGUUUACGGAUGGCAAGCUGUCGAAAGCUUUACUCGCGGUGAAUAGCGACGACAUACGCAAGCAACUAGCUGAUCCUGACGCCAACUUUAUGCCUAAUCUUAUCAAUGAGGAUCCCGUUCCUAAGAUAGAAGCGCCACUGCCCCGCAAGAAGCUCGAGGAAAUUUAUAGAGCCUACGUCGACAGCUUUAACGCCCGCCGAACCCAGUCGGAGUAUGCCAAGUAUGUCCACCGGCCAGAAGCGGCACUCAAUAACAAGACCUUGGCUCGUCGCAUUAUGGACGACACGGUGACGGCCAUCCCGGACCUUCAAGUGCAGAUUCACACCCUGAUAGCUGAUGAAGAAUCACAACGCGUAGCAGUGUGGCUGAAGUUUACUGGAACACCGGUUAAGGAAUAUGCCGGAUUAGUAGUCGAUGGUAAUGCAGUUCAAUUCACCGAGCAUGCGACUUAUCAGUUUGUGGACGGCAAAAUCCAACGAAUCUGGGGAUUCAUGGACUGGGACGAGGCGAGACAACAGCAAAGACCCGCGGGGCCAAAACCUAUACCGGUACUUUAG